GUAAAAUCUUUAUCAUGAAACUUACAUGUAAAAGAAUCAGUGAAGACAAUUUCCAUAAAAUAAAAAUGAAUAUGGAUACUAUUUACGUUGCAUUAAAAAAAACUGAUCAAAGAAUUGGUUUAACGGCAAAGGCUCUGGAAAAUUCUUUGGCAACGGUUCAUCACCGUUGAUAUAAUCCCAAUUAAAAUUAUCGGACUCCAGUUUUGGUGCAGAUGCAAAUUUGCUAGUGUCUUUGAAGAGCAAUUUAGUCAUAUUCAUGAAAAUUAAAAUUGCAUUUAGCCUUUGACAUAGAAAUUUUACUUCUGGAAAUUUACAGAGAAAGUUGCACGUGUGCACGUACGUACAAGGAUAUUACCACACUACUCUAGUAUUGUUUGUAAUAACAAAAGAUUGAAAAAAUAUUAAUGUCCUCCAGUAAGAAACUGAUUAAAAUUCAGUAUGAGACAUCCAUUGUAACCAAAGCUAGGUGGCCUUGAAAAAGUCAGUGUCGCUCAGCGACAGGGCUCGGCCCACCCUCAUGCAAACCCACCCCGCGGUGUGAGGCCAGGAGGGUGCAGUCACGAGGGGCCCAGUAAGUGUGUCCAAUGCUUGAAGCAGCCCCCACCCUGAGUCUGGCCCUGAGUCUGGGUCGCGCCCUGGUGUAUCUCUUUUGAAGUCUACUACCCACAGCCUGGGGGAGGAAAGUGGCGGCGAGGAGCAACUGCACGCGACUCGGGACCUUGCCCUUCUCCGCGGCCAGCGUCACAAUGGCAACCGCGGGCAGCCGGGCACUGACGGCUGGAAAAUGAGGACCCGAGCCAGGUUACAGCCUUGGACGUCUAGCAGCCCAGGGAGAGUCUCUGCGUCCUCCAGCCCCCGCCUCCCUUCAUGUCGGAGAUCCUAAGCCCGCAGCCCUUCCUGUCGGAGAUCCUAAGCCAGCAGCGAAGUCUGCAAGGAGCUUUCCCCGACGCCCACGAGACCGGAAGUGCCUGGGCCCAGGUGGAGGAAGGACCCGCGUGGCCUCCUCUGCGCCCUCCCUGGCGUCCGCGCCGGUUCCGGCGCUUCUCCCGCGUCCUUCACCAUGGCAACUUCUGGCGUUCGGAGCGUGGGCCGCGAGCCAGGAGCACCCUUCAAGGAGAAUUAGACAAAUUGGAGUCUACUCGGAAGAGGCUGUUGGGAAUGGCCCUGACACCACAUCCUGAGCAGGGAUGGCUGAUGGAAUGGGGAGAAGACUCAGGAAGUGCGAACCAUUUUGCCUGGCACAGUACUUGACCCUGGGGGCACAAUGAAGAUCAGGUUCAAGAUCAAGGUGGUCCCUGCCCUGUGGUGCUUUUAUGGAGGAGAGUCAGCUCUAGGACUCCAGAGUAUCAACUGGCAGACGGCCUUCAACCGACAAGCGCAUCACACACACAAGUUCUCUAGCCGGGAGCUCAUCUUGCGGAGAGGCCAAAACUUCCAGGUCUUAAUGCUCAUGAACAAAGGCCUUGGUUCUAACGAAAGACUGGAGUUCAUUGUCUCCACAGGGCCUUACCCCUCCGAGUCGGCCAUGACAAAGGCUGUGUUUCCACUCUCCAAUGGCAGUAGCGGUGGCUGGAGUGCGGUGCUUCAGGCCAGCAAUGGCAAUACUCUGACUAUUAGCAUCUCCAGUCCUGCCAGCGCACCCAUAGGACAGUAUACAAUGGCCCUCCAGAUCUCCUCCCAGGGCGGCGUCUCCUCUGUGAAACUUGGAACGUUCAUACUGCUUUUUAACCCCUGGCUGAAUGCGGAUAGCGUCUUUAUGGGUAACCAUGCUGAGAGAGAAGAAUAUGUUCAGGAAGAUGCCGGUAUCAUCUAUGUGGGAAGCACAAAUCGAAUUAGCAUGAUUGGCUGGAACUUUGGACAGUUUGAAGAAGACAUUCUGAGCAUCUGCCUCUCAAUCUUGGAUAGGAGUCUGAAUUUCCGCCGUGACCCUGCUACUGAUGUGGCCCGCAGAAAUGACCCCAAAUACGUUGGCCGGGUGCUGAGUGCCAUGAUCAAUAGCAAUGAUGACAAUGGUGUGCUUGCUGGGAAUUGGAGCGGCACUUACACGGGUGGUCGUGACCCAAGGAACUGGAAUGGCAGCGUGGAGAUCCUCAAGGACUGGAAGAAAUCUGGCUUCAGCCCAGUCCGAUAUGGCCAGUGCUGGGUCUUUGCUGGGACCCUCAACACAGCGCUGCGGUCUUUGGGGAUUCCUUCCCGGGUGAUCACCAACUUCAGCUCAGCUCAUGACACAGACCGAAAUCUCAGUGUGGAUGUGUACUACGAUGCCAUGGGAAACCCCCUGGACAAGGGUAGUGAUAGUGUAUGGAAUUUCCAUGUCUGGAAUGAAGGCUGGUUUGUGAGGUCUGACCUGGGUCCCUCGUACGGUGGAUGGCAGGUGUUGGAUGCUACCCCGCAGGAAAGAAGCCAAGGGGUGUUCCAGUGCGGCCCCGCUUCGGUCAUUGGUAUUCGAGAGGGUGAUGUGAACCUGAACUUCGACAUGCCCUUUAUCUUCGCGGAGGUGAAUGCCGACCGCAUCACCUGGCUGUAUGAUGGCACCACCGGCAGACAGAUGAAGAAUUCCGUGGACACUCGCACCAUUGGCAGGUACAUCAGCACCAAGGCAGUGGGAAGUAACGCUCGCAUGGACGUCACGGACAAGUACAAGUACCCAGAAGGCUCUGACCAGGAAAGACGAGUGUUCCAAAAGGCUUUGGGGAAACUUAAACCCAAUGCGUCAUUUGGCGCAACGUCUUCAAUGGGUUUGGAAGCAGAGGAACGGGAGUCCAGCAUCAUCGGGAAGUUCAAGGUCACUGGCAUGCUAGCAGUGGGCAAAGAAGUCAACCUGGUCCUACUGCUCAAAAACCUGAGCAGUGAUACGAAGACAGUGACAGUGAACAUGACAGCCUGGACCAUUGUCUACAAUGGCACACUUGUACAUGAAGUGUGGAAGGACUCUGCCACAAUGUCCCUGGACCCUGAGGAAGAGGCAGAGCAUCCUGUAAAGAUCUCGUACGCUCAGUAUGAAAAGUACCUGAAGUCCGACAACAUGAUCCGGAUCACAGCCGUGUGCAAGGUCCCAGAUGAACCUGGGGUGGUGGUGGAGCGGGACAUCAUCCUGGACAACCCCACCUUGACCCUGGAGGUGCUGGAUGAGGCUCGUGUGCGGAAGCCUGUGAACGUGCAGAUGCUCUUCUCCAAUCCACUGGAUGAGCCAGUGAGGGACUGUGUGCUGAUGGUGGAGGGAAGCGGCCUGCUGUUGGGUAACCUGAAGAUCGAUGUGCCGACCCUACGUCCCAAGGAGCGGUCCCGGGUCCGUUUUGAGAUCCUGCCCACCCGGAGUGGCACCAAGCAACUGCUCGCCGACUUCUCCUGCAACAAGUUCCAUGCAAUCAAGGCCAUGCUGUCCAUUGACGUAGUCGAAUGAAGGGCGCUGGUGGCCUCCUGUACAAACUUGGAUAACACGGAGCAGGGAGAGCUCACCAUGGAACGAACUCCCUGCCCAUGCUGUCCAGCCUGGGAAACCCUCUCGUCUCCCAAGGCUGCCAGACAUGGACCUCCAGGCUCCAGCACAUCCCCUUCCCCUCUCCCCCAGGUUGGGGCUGGGUCCACCCUGUCCCAUGACUUGAUUACUUUUGCACAUUCCCUGGCCACUUCUCCCCAGGGCUGCCUGCUCUGUGGGCCCCACAGCCCUGCUCAUCCCUCAUGCCCUUCAGUGCUGCAGGAUGGACUGGCCCCCAACCCAAGGACUCUCCAAACGGCACACAGGAGAAAAGCUGGUCUAGACUGUUUGCUGAUCCCCAACCUGCACGGGGCAUUCCUGCUCCUCUCUCAGGCCACCACAGAGGGCAGGGGAUGGUUAGCCAGCUGCCUCAGCACCCACACCCUAACUCAAAAUAAAUGUUAAAUAAGUGCGAUCACACAGCAGCGACUCUACCUGACUGCUGUCGCACCAGAGGUGGUGAAGGAGAGAGGAGGCUGUGGCCGUGACCUUCUGGAGCAGGGAAUAAACUUGAGGAAGCCACAUUCUCUGUGUUUCAAUGUCCAAAGGGAGUGGGCUUGAUCUGCAAGGCUGUAGGUGCAAAAAUAGGGAAACAUUUCAAGCCAGUUUAGGAAAACUUUCUAACAUGAUAUCCAAAAAUAGAUGAGGCUGCCUUGGGAGGUAGCCCCUGGUCACAGAAUGCUUCAAACAUUCUCUGUGUGGCUGGGCAAACUUUUCAGGCCUCUCUACAUGCAUCAGAGUGAGAGGGGACUUCACAGUUUUUGCUGGAACCCUCUGGCAGAGCUGGUUCCGGGGGUGGCCCAGACUCUGCUCACACGGGGCUCCACACUCCUCUUGCAGCCAGGAGCAAACGCGUGCUUCUACCAGCCACAGCGCUGUUAACUCAACCUGAACCUUCUCUGCCUUUAUACACACUCUGAUGGUUCCUCAGCCUUUGUCCCUUAAAAUAACCUCAAGCAGAUCCCAUUAGCUUUUCUGUCGCUUGUGCUGACUAACACCAUUUUGACAACUCUGCCUCAUUUUCUGAACUCAGGAGACCAGCAGAAUCUAAAUAGAAACCUCAACCUCACAUCCAGCUCAAAGCUUCUCCCCUGGGGGCAGCGCAGGCCUUACUCACGCCUGCAGAGGAGGCACUGUCCAUCUCUCACCUUCCUUCCCUUCCUUCCUCGACCUGGAAAGUUGCUUGAUCCCUCAGAGUUCGAACAGAGAGAGAAGAAGAAAAGUGACAGUCGUCUGUUUCACUGGUGCUGAUGUAAUGCCGCCAAUGAUGGUCUCUGUGUCGCCAGUGUUUAAAUGCAGGGUUUCUGUA